AUGCGUAAGGGAAGUGGCUUUGAUCUGCAGGAUGUGCUCGCAAAUGUUGGCUUUCUCGGUGGGAAGGCUGCACGGUUUUAUAGCUGCGAGAUUAUUUGUGGUCUGGAGCACCUUCACGCCAUGCGUAUCGUCAACUUAGACGUCAAACCCGCCAAUAUGCUUCUCUCAGAUUCAGGCCACCUCUUUAUCACGGAUUUUGAUCGCUCCUAUGACAUGAGUUGGGAGUCAGGACCCCCCAAUAAGGCAGACUUCACUGCAACGCCCUUCUUCAUGGCACCGGAGGUGAAAGCUAGAGUGGAAAUCACCACGAAGGCGGAUGUAUGGAGCCUGGGCAUUCUCAUGGGCUGCAUCAUGUAUGGAUCCGUCACUGUGGAAAAUUGGCUGAGCAAUGGUCGCCACAGAGAAGGUCGUUUUCCAAAACUGUCCAAACCUCUACAGGACUUCUUCAAAGCCUGUCUCACACACGACCACAGAAGGCGUGUGGACAUUGCCGGCGUCAAGUGUCUCGAAUUGUACGAAGGCGUCAACUGGGAGGAGGUGAGGGUCUGUAACAUGGAACCACCCUAUCACCCUUCCGAGUUGCAUCUCUCUGCUGCUUUGAAAGAAUUCAACCUCGAUCCUCACGACCCUCUGCUUCUCGAAGCCGCUUACGACACGAGCAUGCCGCUGAUCGACCGAUGUCUUCGAGAUACGCAUGACGAGUGUAGAGUGCGUCGGUUGAUCACAAUACCACCAGACUACAAGAACCUGGCAAGAGCUGGCAUGACACCCGAGAGGAUUGAUGGACUCUUCGCCAACUUCGACUUCAACAAUCAUCACAUCCAAUCCUCCGAAGCAGUCGAUAAGAAGCAGACCAUCAGCGCUGAUGAAAACGUCUCUCCGACCUUUGUGAUGCGUAAGGGAAGUGGCUUUGAUCUGCAGGAUGUGCUCGCAAAUGUUGGCUUUCUCGGUGGGAAGGCUGCACGGUUUUAUAGCUGCGAGAUUAUUUGUGGUCUGGAGCACCUUCACGCCAUGCGUAUCGUCAACUUAGACGUCAAACCCGCCAAUAUGCUUCUCUCAGAUUCAGGCCACCUCUUUAUCACGGAUUUUGAUCGCUCCUAUGACAUGAGUUGGGAGUCAGGACCCCCCAAUAAGGCAGACUUCACUGCAACGCCCUUCUUCAUGGCACCGGAGGUGAAAGCUAGAGUGGAAAUCACCACGAAGGCGGAUGUAUGGAGCCUGGGCAUUCUCAUGGGCUGCAUCAUGUAUGGAUCCGUCACUGUGGAAAAUUGGCUGAGCAAUGGUCGCCACAGAGAAGGUCGUUUUCCAAAACUGUCCAAACCUCUACAGGACUUCUUCAAAGCCUGUCUCACACACGACCACAGAAGGCGUGUGGACAUUGCCGGCGUCAAGUGUCUCGAAUUGUACGAAGGCGUCAACUGGGAGGAGGUGAGGGUCUGUAACAUGGAACCACCCUAUCACCCUUCCGAGUUGCAUCUCUCUGCUGCUUUGAAAGAAUUCAACCUCGAUCCUCACGACCCUCUGCUUCUCGAAGCCGCUUACGACACGAGCAUGCCGCUGAUCGACCGAUGUCUUCGAGAUACGCAUGACGAGUGUAGAGUGCGUCGGUUGAUCACAAUACCACCAGACUACAAGAACCUGGCAAGAGCUGGCAUGACACCCGAGAGGAUUGAUGGACUCUUCGCCAACUUCGACUUCAACAAUCAUCACAUCCAAUCCUCCGAAGCAGUCGAUAAGAAGCAGACCAUCAGCGCUGAUGAAAACGUGUAA